AUGCAAGUCGCGCGCACGUCGCUAUCCUUUCCCGCAGGUUCGCCGCCCCAGUCGGCCAUGUACGCCAACUCUCCCCACAGCCAGGGACUCAUGGCCGCGCCCGCUGGCUUCAACCGGUCCUUUUCCGACAUGAACGGCUACCAGCAGCACGCCAUGGAGAAGCCCCAGAUAUACACCGCUGUUUACUCGGGCGUCUCUGUCUACGAAAUGGAAGUCAAUCGGGUCGCUGUUAUGCGCCGACGCUCUGACGGCUGGCUCAAUGCCACCCAGAUCCUCAAGGUGGCUGGCGUUGACAAAGGAAAGCGCACCAAGGUCCUCGAGAAGGAGAUACUGAACGGCGAACACGAAAAGGUCCAGGGCGGCUACGGCAAGUACCAGGGCACAUGGAUCUGCUACCGCCGCGGCAGAGAGUUUUGUCGCCAGUACGGUGUCGAGGAUGUCUUGCGCCCGCUGCUGGACUACGACGUCAGCGUCGAUGGCAACCAGGGACAGGGCCAGGGCAUCGAGACGCCCACCAAAGAGCAGGCCAUGGCAGCAAACAGGAAGCGCUUCUACACCCAGAGCAUGGACGGCCGCACUACUAGCCAGAGUGUCGGCGGUACCUUUUUCAGCAACAUCUCCUCGACAGCCACCAGCGCACUUGCCGCCAUGAACAAGGUCGCGCGACUAAAUUCACCCGCACCGCGACCCGCAUCCUCCUCGCAGGGCCGGAGAAGCAUGGCACGGCCGUCACAAGGUCCCCUCGCCAGCCAAGAAUCGUUCCGCACAAGCAGCCAGCAAAGCGUAGCAUCGGAGCGUAGUUUCAGCGGGCAGAACGGACACACCGACUCAGCCUAUGGCACAGGCCUUGAAGACCCGCAAGAGCCGCCAAGGAAGCGCAUGCGAACAUCCCAAGAUGAAUCCUACUCACAACCCAACGGCGCAGACAUGUCCAUGCGCGAUCUUGGCUCGCCGACAGAACCAAGCGAGAGCUUCUAUCAACACCAGACAGGACAGCGCAUUGCACUUCCCGAUGGCGAAGUUCCCUCAGCCCUGCCACCUCUACCGCACCCCGACACCAAGCACAACGAAGAGAAGCAAGCCAUGCUUACGGAUCUAUUCGCGGAUCAGACUAGGACAGACUUCACGAAUCAUCCAGCCAUUCUUCACCUCUCUGGCGCAGAUCUAGACAUGCCAAUUGACAACACCUCAAAUACAGCUCUACAUUGGGCCGCGACACUGGCCCGAGUUUCGUUGAUGAGGCUAUUGGUUUCCAAAGGAGCGAACAUGUUCAGAGGAAAUGCCUCAGGUCAAACACCACUAAUGAGUGCAGUCUCCGUCAACAACAGCCUGGACCACAGCUGCUUCCCAGAAACGCUCGAGAUCCUGGCGCCACUUAUCGAACUCCGCGACUCCCAGGGACGGACGAUACUGCAUCACAUCGCGGUGACCUGUGCCAUAAAAGGGCGUGCGGCCUCCAGCAAGUACUACCUCGAGGCACUUCUUGAGUAUCUCGUACGCAGCAACAUUGGCGCCAACCAGGUGCCUUCUUUCCACGACACCAGCAACUACCCGAAACCAAUAGGAUUGAUGAGGUUUAUGCAAGAGAUGGUCAACGCACGCGACAAAGCCGGCAAUACAGCCCUCAACCUAGCAGCAAGGAUAGGCAAUCGCAACAUUAUCUCUCAGCUCAUGGAAGUUCAGGCGGAUCCGACCAUACCCAAUCACAAAGGCACGAGACCGAUCGACUUUGGUGUUGGCAGCGAUCUCGGCGACGGCGAAGUCAUAAUCGCCGCAAACAGCCCCAGCAAGGGCAAGGCGCCCUUGAGCAAGGUCGAAGAGACCAGCCGAGAGAUACAACCCUUGAUGAACGGUAUCCUCCAGUCUGCUUCAAUGCAGUUCACGCAAGAAGCGCGUCUGAAACAAGACACCAUAGAUCAAACAAACGAGCUGAUCACCCAACUAUCUACUCAACAGAAGCAGGAGCAACAAAGGCUAGAGUCACUACGUGCUCGGUUACGUUUACGACAAGAUCGCGCUAAGCGGAUAUCGAAUCUGAAGCGUUGGCUUGAGCCACAACGGCAUAUGCUUUCUGUCAAUGCAGGGGACAUCGAUUUGCACGAGAAGAAGAGGAUAGGAUACGCCGAUGCGGAAGGUGCUGGCAUGCUCAUCAAGGAAGACGACUUGCCUUACGAGCUCCGGCAAGCAGGCGACCAUCUGGAUUGCCGCGCAUCAGAUGGAGCCCCCUAUCUGUCGACAACCAUUCCACUGGAUCCCGCAACGCUCAAACAGGUAUCGCAUCAGCCACAAUAUCAGGCCUAUGCAGUCCAGCAACUCCCCGCCGCCUCCGUCCUCCAACAACGACUACACACCUACACGAACGCGAACGGUGCACUACUCAAGCGGAGUAAGAUGCUGAAGGAGAAGGACGGGCAGCUGGAGAUGAUGUACCGCAAGGUCGUCAGUCUAUGCACAAAGGUAGAAGAGAACAGGAUUGAAGAGUGUCUCGAAGGCCUGGUGGCGGCUCUGGAUAGCGAAGAAGGCGAGGGUGUGGAGGUUGGCCGUGUCAGGGAGUUUCUGAGGAAAGUCGAGGGCGUUGAGUAA